AUGUGCAGUGGGCCUGAUCAAUCAAAUACAAGUUCGACCACCAAGACAUCUUCUGACAACACAUCAAACAACAUGGACUUAAACAAAUUAUCUUCAGAGAUGAGUACUCCCUUUUCCAGCUUGCUUGAAUACGCCGCCAACAACGACGCCGAAGCUUUCAAGAGAUUCGUCGAGCUCGAUCUGCCAGGCAUUGAUGAGCCUGGACCUUGGUACGCCCGCAAGAUGGGUUCCAAGCAGAUCACCCUCGAAGAACGAACUCCAUUGAUGGUAGCCGCCACCUAUGGCAGCCUCGACGUAUUGAAGCUUAUAGUCACUCUGCCUGAAGUCGAUCUGAACAAAUCGUGUGGCCUCGACAAAUGGACUGCUCUCCAUUGUGCCGCCUUUGGAGGCUCAGUCAACGCAAUUGACGUCAUUAAGCUCCUGUUAUCCGCUGGUGCCGACCCCAAUGUUACGGAUUCAAACGGCCGCCGCGCAUCUGACGUAAUCGUUGCCCCUCCAAAGCUUCCUGCCGUGAAAUCCUACAUCGAGGACUUGCUCAAUAACAAUACUUUCGACGGAUUUGUCGGGGAUUGCAAUUUACACGUCUCGAUAUCUUCACCCGUGCUCUCAUCAUCCCCAGAAGAAAACCGGUCCCCACAUUCUCCAUCGGGAAAGCUUCUCUCCUCCACCAACUCCGUCUCGGAAAAGAAACAUUACCCAGUGGACCCCUCUCUUCCCGACAUCAGGAACAGCGUCUUCUCCACGGACGAGUUCCGCAUGUUCUCGUUCAAAGUCCGGCCUUGCUCGAGGGCCUACUCCCACGACUGGACCGAGUGCCCCUUUGUCCACCCUGGCGAGAACGCCCGCAGGCGGGACCCGCGCAAGUUCCACUACAGCUGCGUGCCGUGCCCGGACUUCCGAAAGGGCGCCUGCAGGCGCGGAGACAUGUGCGAGUACGCGCAUGGCGUGUUCGAGUGCUGGCUCCACCCUGCCCAGUACCGUACCCGGCUCUGCAAGGAUGGCACGAGCUGCGCUCGACAGGUGUGCUUUUUCGCGCACACGCACGAUGAGCUUCGUCCCUUGUAUGUCUCCACUGGUUCGGGCUUACCUUCCCCGAGAUCAUCAUCGGCCUCGGGCCCUACUUUCAUGGACAUGGCCUCUGCUCUGAGUAUGUUCCCCAGUUCCCCGACCUCUGCAAUGUCUCCUAAUGGGAUGUCUCCUGCUUGGCCUCAGCCGAAUGUUCCCACUCUUCAUCUUCCGGGCAGCAACCUCCAGUCGAGCCGCCUGAGGUCGUCCUUCAGCGCGCGUGACAUCAUCCCGCCUCCUGAGGAUCUGAACCUUUUGCAGGAUUACGAGGCCCAGCAGCUGGUUUUGAAUGACCUGGCGUGUUUUUCGCAGCCACGUCAGAAUUCUGCUAUGUUGGGUUGCCGUCCCAAGGCAGCGCUAACUCCUUCGAAUCUCGAAGAGCUUUUUUCUGCUGAGAUCGGGUCUUCUCCGAGAUUUUCCGAUCAGUUUGGUGCCGCGUUUUCUCCUUCCCACAAGUCGGCCGUUCUCAAUCAGUUCCAACAGCAGCAGCAUAACAACGUAUUGUCACCCAUUAACACUAAUAACGUCUUUUCUCCUAGAAAUGUGGAGCACAGUUUAUUGCAGGGCUCUUUUUCCUCUUCUCCAAGAAGCAUGGAGCCCGGUUCCCCCAUGAGUGCUCGUCUCUCGGCCAUUGCACAGCGUGAGCGCCAGCAGCAGCUUCAGAUGCGGAGCUUAAGCUCUCGAGAACUUGGGUCUACUCACCGUGGUGCCAUGAUUGGGUAUCCACCCAACACAGGUUCGUGGGCAUCGAGCAAUAAUAAUAAUAAUAAUGGUAAGUGGGGAUCACCAAACGGGAAAGCUGACUGGUCAGUUGGUGCUCAGCGUCUGCAAAGGUCGUCCUCAUUUGAACUGAAGAAUGAGGGGGUGGAAGGAGAACCGGACCUUUCGUGGGUGCAGUCACUUGUAAAAGAAUCACCACCAGAGAUGGCGGACAAGGACAAGCCGCCAGCUGGCGGCCCCGUGCCAUCCGGUGAGUGUUUGAAUAAUAAUAAUACUAAUUCUCAGACUGACUUGCUCGAUCACUCUGUUUUGGGAGCUUGGCUUGAGCAGAUGCGGCUCGAUCAGCUCGUAGUCUAG